AUGUACGAAUCUGAUAGACUUCAGUACAUAGAAUGGGUUUCCUGCGUCAGUCGUCAACACGAGCUGCUCACUGGCCAGAAGAAAGAUUCUUCAGUCUCCUUCGACAACACAGGAGCCCUCAAGAUCAACACCAAGACGGUCUCCCAGCCAUGCGAUGUUUCGACUGACAUGAUGGUCAGGUAUGCGUUGGUCCGCAGGGGCCUGGCUUUGGAACAGGCUAACAUCCUGGCCUACAGCAACCACGACUCCCUCGUCGAGAAAUACAUGGCAGCCAGACUCCUGGAUCCGCCUCCUGGCUAUGCAAGGAUCGGCCUUAAACAGAUCGAGACGGAUGACAGGCAAUUCUUCGUCUUGAUGGCCGAGAAGACCAGGGGCGGCAUAAUGGUCAAAGGUGGGGCCAGGCCGUGCGAUGAUCACUUUGCUUCGGUGCUCUCCUCAUCCGAGUUCUUGCAAUACUUGCGUCACAGACCCCUGGCGGCCGGCGCCAGCAGCGAAGAGCCUCCCGCCAAAGUGCAGCGAACGGGAAAGGGAGAAAAGGGCAAAGGGGGAAAAGGACGCGGUAAGGCGUCCAGCCAGCGUGCCCCUUCGAGCACCAAUAUGCGUGUCCCUGCCGAGUUGCUGGCAAUGGGAUGUGUGGCUUGCGCUCCAAAAGGCCACAGGCUUUGCUUUGACUACAGUCUCGGCAAGUGUCAGCUUCCCACUCAGAACCAGCGCUGCGCCAAAGGCCUCCACCUGUGUGCCAUCAAGUCAUGCCAUAAAGCUUCGUCCGGCGGACCUCUGGUGCGCACAGGGGAGGCGCAGUCUGCUGGCAUCUCUCCCUCGAGCAUGGCGGACCCGCCAGACAAUCCUGUGAUAGAGCCUCCAUCCAAAGUCGCUAAGACUUCGGAUCCGCAUGCCCUGGCAAAUGCUUUGGCUUCGCAGUUUUGCAGUGAGGCAUCCUUUAAUGCUGACAAUGCACUUAAAAUUUUCGCUGCCUGCCCCGAUGAUAAUGUCGUUCCGCUGGCAAGCCGCGUGACUGGAAUCCGUACAGUCUCCAGGUCCAUGCCCGACGUUUGCCAAUUCUUCUGCGCCUGCGUACGUCAGGUUGCACCAUCGUUCCAGUUCACCACUGUGGUCAUAACCCAGGAUAUGAAAAGCCCCGUGCAUCAAGACUGCUUCAACAGCAGCCUACCUAACCUCCUUGUGCCGCUCACGACCUUCACUGGAGGCCAUGUCUUCGUGGAACACCCCGAAGGGCAAGACAAGCACCUCCUAGAUGGCCAGGAGUUUGUAGGAUUUCGGUUAGAUUGUGACCAGGCGCCCUGGUCCUUCGACGCCAAACACUGCCGCCACUUCACCUUGGAUUGGGAAGGCUCUAGAGUAAUGCUUGUUGCAUUCACGGUCGGGCACUUGGCAGGGCUUUCUGAUGCAGAUCAGCAAGAGCUCACAAGUUUGGGAUUCAGUCUUCCCCGUGAAGACGUACAGCGUGGUCCAAAGUUCCUUCCUUUUCGCUACACCAACAAUGACAUCCGUUGUUGCAAUGCAGGCGUUGCAACCGAUACUGCUCCUCGCAUUCCUGUGGUGCCCUCAGCCCCGUACGGGGACCUCCCAGGGGAGGGGCCGCUCUUGAUAGAGAUCUGUGCCGGCAGUGCCUCCCUCAGUCAUGCGGCAGUGCAGCGCGGUUUCUCAGUGAUGCCCAUUGACCACGCGCACAACCGGCGUCGCCCAAAGUGCAAGAUCGUCACUCUAGAUCUUAGCAAGAAGCAUGCAUGGGACAUCCUUGAGUUUGUUAUCAAGAACCGAAAGGUGGUCUUGGCUUUUGCUGCUCCCCCGUGCGGCGCAUGCAGUGCAGCUCGCAACAUAAGGCCAGGUCCGCCGAUUCUUCGAACCAAGCAGUUUCCCUGGGGAGUCCCGUGGGCCUCGCGUACAGACUGGCUGAAGCUUCAGGCUGCCAAUGCCAUAUACCAGUUCUUGGGGGAUUUCAUUCAGCUUUGUGACAAGCACAGUGUCGCUUGGUGCUUGGAGAAUCCCACCAACAGUGCAAUUUGGACGAUCCCAUGCUUCGCAUACGCCUUGGCUCACGGGAUCUUCGCGCACUGCCAAGCAUGUGCCUUCGGAAGUGGCCGAGACAAACGCACUUCCUUCUUGUGUAGCCACAGUGCUAUCGCUCACAUCAGUCGCAUGUGUCCAGGAUGCAGUGUGCGCGAGCCCUGGGGGGUUGACUCCCAGGGCACUUUCAACACAAGCAAAAAAGCAGAAUACCCCCCAGGCAUGUGUCAAGCACUUUGCGACGUUGCAGAAGCGAUUGCAGCCGAGCAACAGUUGCCGCUAGGCGCAGCGCAGCCCGUUCUUGCCAAAGCUCACCGCCAGGCACGCGGACGGCUCCAUCCACAGCUUGUGUCCGAAUACGCUCACAUCCUCAGGCGUACGCUGCCCAGGCUUCCUGCCCUUUCAUCCAAGCAGUGCAUCACUAAUGCCGUCAUUGACGUGCCGUCAGGCUCCAAGCUGAUACGUUCCGAGAAAAAGGGGGAUGGGCUUUGGUUAUGCAUCUUCGGGGUUUACAGGUCCUUUGAUCAAUUCGUCCUCGAAGCACAGAGCCUGCUGCAUCCCUUUGAUACCCUGGCUCAACUCCCCGACUACCUCAUCAAAGCCUUAUUCGAGCAGCUCACUUUGUCUCCUAUGCAGCUUUCCAAGACUCUUCUCCUGCAAGAGAUGGCAGCCGAGAUCGAUUGGCCGGACCGCGACUUCUUCACCGAGCUUAUGGAUGAGCUGAUGUUGCAAUCCCCUUCCCUUAAAGCCAUGAUCCUUGACAGCAUAUCCCGCGCAAGCCCUGGCGAACAUGACGCCGAGCUGUUCGACCUCACCCUCAAGGAAGCAUCCAGCAAAGGCUGGCUCCAGGGCCCGUAUGCCCCUCACCAGUUGGACUCCAUGAUGCACACCUGGCUUCCUGUCAGGAGAUUCUGUGUGGUUCAGAAAGGAAAGCUGCGCGCAAUAGACGACUUUAAGGAAAACCUCCUUAACAACACGUGCUGCGUUGCGGAAAAGAUUGUGUUGCAGGCCAUUGACCAUAUCAUCUGGUCCUUGAACGUCCUGUGCCACUUCUAUCGUUCGAGAGGUGCCUGCGACUUCUCCCUCUCAUCGGGACAACGGCUCGUUGGUCUAGUGCACCCCGACUGGGAGAGGGUAGGCGCAGAACUGAAGGUCUCGUCGAUUGAUCUUAAAUCCGCUUACAAGCAGCUUCCCCUUUCCCCGUGUGAGUACGACAAAACG